AGGUACUCGCAUCCCUUGCUACAGGGCCCAGACAAGAUAAUGGCAUUUUCUACGAAAUUCGCACAUAUGAUAUUAAGCCCUCGAAGAUGAAGGAGUUUAUAGAAGCGGUCAACAAGUACUUUCACCUUCGCACAAGCCACUCGGAGCUGGUGGGAUUCUGGUCUGCGGAGCUGGGAGCGAUGAAUAAAGUUGUCCACGUUUGGAAGUAUGAUAAUUUUGCUCACAGAACAGCAGUCAGGCAUGCACUAGCCAAUGACAAAGACUGGCAGGGAAAAUUCAUCUCCCCAGCUCUCCCCUUGAUAGAAAAGCAGCACAAUGAGGUUGCUUACCUGGUACCCUGGUGUCAACUUGGGAAGCCUCCAAAAGAAGGGGGAGUAUAUGAAUGGGUUACUUUCCAGAUGAAGCCUGGUGGGCCAGCGUUGUGGGGCGAAGCGUUUCGCGCUGCAGUCAAUGCUCACAUCAACACAGGCUACACCAAGCUGAUUGGUGUUUUCCACACAGAGUAUGGAUUACUUAACACAGUCCAUGUGAUCUGGUGGAACGAGAGCCCAGAUCAUCGGGCAGCGGGAAGGCACAGUGCCCAUGAAGAUGCCAGAGUGGUAGCAGCUGUGCGGGACAGCGUCAGAUUCUUGGAGUCCCAGCAAAACAUGCUCCUGCUCCCUCUGCAAUGCUCGCCGCUGAAGUAACCUUCUUCUAAAUGAUGUAACUGAUGGCAGAAAGGACAAGAUGGAAGCGCUGUCAGCAAGUGCCAUCAUAUGGAUCGUCAUACCCUUAUGAACUGAGCCAACUGUUCUUAGUGUACAAUAAAUAGAUGCAAAAUGCUGAUUGCUAGCAAUGUAAAUCAGUAAAAUUUUGCACCCUGAUAACAAUUG